UAAAAAUCGCACAACGAAAUUGGAUUUCCCACACUAAUCUUGCUUUUCCUAAUCUCACAUCAGUUUGAGAAAAGCCAAAGAAAUCGAGGGAUUUUCUUUUCUUUCUUUCUUUUUUUUUUCAUCAUUGUCAUUGAUUUCUCUAGCCAUAGUUGUGAUGGGGAGGUCUCCUUGUUGUGAUGAACAUGUUGUAAAGAAGGGUCCAUGGACCCCAGAAGAAGAUCAAAGGCUUGUGGACUACAUUGAGAAGCAUGGUCAUGGAAGUUGGAGAGCACUCCCGAAGCUCGCGGACCUGAAUAGGUGUGGAAAGAGCUGCAGGCUUCGGUGGACGAAUUAUCUGAGGCCUGAUAUCAAGAGAGGAAAAUUCUCCAGUGAAGAAGAGCGGAUCAUUGUCAACCUUCAUUCGGUUCUUGGAAAUAAGUGGUCUGCUAUCGCUGCCCGACUUCCAGGACGGACGGAUAAUGAAAUCAAGAACUUUUGGAACACUCGUAUGAAGAAAAAGCUCCUUCAGAUGGGCAUCGACCCAGUUACCCACAAGCCAAGGGGCGAUCUUAGUCUCCUUCGAAGUCUUUCACAUUUGCUCUCUGCCUCCAACCUUCACAAUUCAGUCAGCCCUUGGGACAACGCGCUUAGACUACGGGAGGACGCGGCACAUCUAGCCAGAAUUCAAAUCUUACAAACUGUGCUACAUGCCAUAACUAAUAAUGCUCCUCCAAAAAUGGAAGCACUUGCUCUGAUCAUGGGAUCGCCUUCCUCUCACGAUUACCAUUUCAAUGAAUUCCUGCAUUCAAAUCACCGAUUUGAUGGGCUUCUUGAUGGUCCCAUUGGCCAUGUUCAUGACCCGAUCCCAAUGCCUCACAAUUUUCCAAAUUCAAGAACCAUGAAAAUGCCUGAUGAUUAUCUAGCCGUUGCGGAACCAUGCAUUAGCUUCGAUGGACAAGAAGGACCGGCAGCAAUUAAUGGGCAGGGCUCAGAUAUGCACACCUACAGCACUAAUCAUAACAAUAUCAGCAUGACUGAUUCUUAUGCCACUACAUCUGCAAAUCCCACCCCUUGCUUGGUUCCAGCCUCUCCCAAGCUUGCAGCAAUCAAUCCAAUGCAGGAUCAAAACAACCCAACUGAGAUAUCUGCCCAUUCAUCCACCUCGACGACCUUAGAUGCAUGGGGAGAACUCAACUUAGAUGAUCAACCAAGUGAUUAUUGCUGGGCAGACAUCAUAGAAUCGUCACCACCUUGGGGAAACCAAUCGUAAGCUGCACGGAUUAUUUUGAGAGAAACAGACCCCAUGUACAAAAAAGAUUGUUAAUUCAUGUGUGUUUACUUUUAUUUUUAUUUUUUUGUAUUCUUCUUUGAAGAUUACAUGUUGAUAGCUAUCAAAAUAAACUGUUACACUGUACGAAAGUCCCACUUUAUGUAAAACUCUCUUAAGAUAGUAUUUAUUGUAUAAACUGUUUUUCAAACACUUGCAUGCUGUUUUUCAAACACUUGAAUGUACAGCAAUCAAACUCCAUU